AAGGUGAAUGGCGCUCCCCUAAUCAGCAGAGACUGUUCCGUUAUGCAACCCACACCACCAUGUUUUGUUCUCUGAGGGACGUUAUAUACCCUUGUACUUGUCUGGCCUCUUGAAAAGUUACAGAGUUCCCCUGAAGAAAUUCAAAUCCAUGCGGCAGGUGAUGAAGGAGAAGGGCAUACUCAGGGACUACCUGAAGAACCACAAGUCUGACCCAGCCAGCAAGUACUUCAACAACUUCGCUGUUGCCUAUGAGGCCCUGGCUAACUACCUGGAUAUGUCCUACUAUGGGGCGAUCAGCAUUGGAACCCCACCCCAGAACUUCCUGGUUCUCUUCGACACCGGCUCAUCCAACCUGUGGGUGCCCUCGACGUACUGCCAGAGCCAGGCCUGCACCACCCACACUCUGUUCAACCCCAGCGACUCCUCCACUUACUCUUCCAAUGGACAGACCUUCUCUCUGCAGUACGGCAGUGGCAGUCUCACUGGAGUCUUUGGCUAUGACACCGUGACAAUCCAGGAUGUUUCCAUCACAAAACAGGAGUUUGGCCUGAGUGAGACCGAGCCUGGCACCAACUUUGUCUAUUCUCAGUUUGAUGGGAUCCUCGGUCUGGCUUUCCCUGCCAUUGCUGCUGGCGGUGCCACCACCGUGAUGCAAGGUCUGAUCCAGGAGAACCUCAUCAGUGCCCCGCUCUUCAGCUUCUACCUGAGCGGGCAAGAGGGCAUUAAGGAUGGUGGUGAACUUCUCUUUGGAGGGAUUGACUCCAAUUUGUACUCUGGUCAGAUUGUCUGGACGCCUGUCACCCAGGAUGCUUAUUGGCAAAUUGGAAUUGAAGGUUUCUCUGUUGGCGGACAGUCCAGUGGCUGGUGUAGCAGCGGCUGCCAGGGGAUUGUGGACACUGGAACUUCCCUCCUCACUGCUCCACAGGCGAUCUUUUCGCAGCUGAUGGAGGACAUUGGCGCUCAGGAGAACAGCGACGGUGAGUAUGUGGUUAGCUGCAGCAGCAUUGACAGCAUGCCUACCAUCUCCUUCACCAUCAGUGGAACCAGCUUCCCGCUGAGCCCCUCUGCCUACGUGCUCCAGAGCAAUAGCGCCGAGUGUGUCGUGGGCAUCUCGCCCACUUACCUGCCAUCCCAGAACGGGCAGCCCCUCUGGAUCCUGGGUGACGUCUUCCUCAGGUCAUAUUACUCUGUUUACGAUCUAGGCAACAGUCAGGUGGGCUUUGCCCCAGCAGCGUAAGCGCCACCGACUGUCUUCCACGCUGCUCUGAACCGUCUCCUGCCUCUCCUCCAACCUGCUGGGCUGUGACACUCUGGCCCCCACUUGCCUCUUUCCAAGGAUUUUGAAUGUUUCUCUGUACUGAACUUUUGCAAAUUUCUGAAGCCUCUCUCUGGUGAAAUCUGUGCUAUGGAAUUCUGGGUUCCCCUUUGAAGG